ACAAACAUCUCGACAUCUUCUUGGCGAGAAGAGAAGAGAAGAGAAGAGAAGCAGGGAGGGUUCCUGGUAGCACGUAUCAGUUCCUUUGGAAAUCUCAUCCCCCCAGCGAGCAACCAGACGAACUAUCUCUCGCUCUCCAGUCCCCUCUCCAAUUCCGUCAACCUCUUAAAUUAAAUGCCUCCGCCCAGCACUAAGGGCCUGUUUGGCAGGCGUGACCAAGUUCAUGAACUCCAUCGCUUUCGCAGUACUGUCGAUUAAGAAGCAAAACCACAGACCGGCCCCUCCUGUCCUUUUCCACGCUCUCAAAAGGUGAUCUAAAACCGGGUGGUCGUCGUCUCUCAAAAGGGGGAGGAGAGAUUGGGGCCGGGUUUUCUUACUAGCCCACAGACAGACACAGCCGUUGUGGGAGUCUCUCUUAAAAACGGAUAAUAGCCCAUGAUCGUUUCCCCUCCCCCACCAACUUCCGGAUAAGUCUUCCACACCAUCACCACCAGGGGCUACAGUUACCCAAACGGACUUCUCAUCUCCAAUCCAAUCCCCUCUUCCAUUAUUACCAAACACCCAACCUACCAACAUUUUUGCCCAGCGCAGAGAGGCACAGAGAGAGAUGCGGUGGUGGUGAGGAGGAGGAGGAGGAGGCAAAGGAGGGAGGCUGGUUAUUUUUGUGGCAGUCAAUUCCUGAAAGAGUGAUCGGGACAACAAGGCGGCGAUGUCGCUGGUUUUGGACAGCCGAGAGGUGGGGGUGGUGAACUUCCAGGAUCAGGAGAAGAAGAAGGACGACGCGGUGAUGAGAGGGAUCUCCUGCUUCUUCAGAUCCGGGUUUCGCGGUGGAGGAGCCAGAGGGGACGCCUUCCCCGUCCCCGCCCCCGCGGAGGAGGCCGGAGAUGCUGCGUGGGCACAGCAGAAGGAAGGGGAGAGGCAGAGGGAGACGGAGAUGGAUAAGGGGCGCAACUGCAAGCCCCUGGAGUUCUGUAUAGGCGCCGAGAGCGAGUCGUCCGAGAGCUCUUCCAUCGGCGUCUGUUCCAAUUCGUCCGUCGGUGACGAGGAAGGAGAGGUGCAGAGCCGAUUCGUGAGUCCCCUGGGUGAUUUGGGGUGUUUGGAGGAAUCUCUACCCAUCAAGAGGGGAUUAUCGAACUACUUCGCCGGGAAAUCGAAAUCUUUUGGAUGUCUAUCAAGUGCAAAUUCCGUCAAGGAUUUGGCCAAACAAGAGAACCCAUUCAACAAGAGGAGGAGGAUCCUCUUGGCUUACAGAAAUGUUGGUCCGAGAAGGGCGUCGCUUGGUAGUUUCAGUGGGAUGAGCUCACAGAGCCUUUUCUCUCCUGCUUCCGUUCUGGAAGAGAAAGAGGAAGAGGAAGAAGAAGAAGAAGAAGAUGCUGAUGAUGAUGAUGCCGACGAGGAUGACGACAAGAGAGAGGAGGAGAAGGAUGUCUGUACUUCUCCUCUACCUCAAGGAAGAAAGUUGAGAAGUUUCAUGUCUCCAAGAUUUGUUUAGAAGAGUAGGACGCCCUCGAGGAAGCAGAGUCCUCAUGCUCAUGCUUCCUGGUGAGGGCAUCAUCUGCGGCGACAGUCGGAAGGAAAUUGACGGCCCAGAUAUGAGGCGGACCCACAGGUGGUAAACCGGAGAGCGGCCCCCACCGGGAAAGAUGACAAAGUUUGUGACAUAUUUGAUGGCUUCAUGGAGGAAAGGUGGCCCACAACAUAGGGUGACAAACUUUACUGGAGCAGGAGAUGAGAUGUUUAUGGAUCAAGGGUUCGGAUUGGGGGUUGCGCUGCGGAUAAGGAUUCCGUUUGAACAGCUGAAGAUAUUUGCUGCCCCACGCACUUUUCUGUCCUUAUCAGGAAGAGCGAAGGGGUGAGUGAGGUGUUCUGCCCCUUCUCCAUCCCCUUCCGACAUGGAUUCGACUCUUGGGCCUUGGAUCUGGAUCUCCACCUGAGUAUAUAGUUGAACCCAGACCCGUCAUUAACUAUUUUGUUCCAUGUCCGAUAAAUAGAACCACAGAUCCGGUUACGAUCCACAAAAUGCAA